CACACGUAAUAUCCAAAAUGCAGUCACCGCUCGAAGAUGUGUUUGAUACUGAACUUUUUAUUCAAGAAAUGCAAAAUCGACCUGUAUUGUGGGAUAUGUCAAAAAGAGAAUAUAGUGAUCGCAUUCUUAAAAGAAAGGCUUGGGAAGAGAUGUGUACUUUGUUUAUUCAAGAGUUUGAAACAAAAACAGCAAGAGAAAAAAAUGAAGAGGAUCGGGUGGCGGACAACCAACGCGUGGAUAGCGGGUAACCUGGCCUGCAAGUUCUUCCUCGUACUCCGAGCCUUCGGGCUGUAUCUGUCUUCAAAUGUUUUAGUCUGCAUAUCUUUAGAUAGGUUUUUCGCUGUACUCUACCCACUAAGGCUACCAAUAGCUAGAAAGAGAAGUAAAAUGAUGCUGACAUUUGCAUGGAUAAUCGCGUUACUAUGCAGUUUGCCACAGAGUUUCGUGUUUCGUGUAAUGAGUCACCCGAAAGUGCCAGACUUUCAGCAGUGUGUUUCGUUCGAGGCGUUUUCAAGUCAGCAGCAAGAGUUGGCCUACAAUGUAUUCUGUCUCUGCGCGAUGUACUUCCUACCACUGCUCAUCAUAACUGUCUGCUACACUUGCAUAUUCUACGAAAUAUCGAAGAAUUCCAAAGAAAUUACAGACAAGUGCAUCCCAUCAGACCACACCAGGAUCCACCUAAGGCGGUCGGAUCGAAGACCGUUGGCUCGAGCACGACGACGGACCCUUCGAAUGACGGUCACCAUCGUUACAGUCUUCGCGUGCUGUUGGCUACCAUACGCCACCAUGACUUUAUGGUACAUGCUGGACCGGCAGUCAGCGAUGCACGUAUCAGCCAGGAUCCAGGACUUCUUCUUCAUCAUGGCCGUAUCCAACUCCUGCAUGGAUCCCCUGGUCUACGGCUCCUACAGUCUGGACGUCAGGGCGUUCCUCAGGAUGUUGAGGAAAAUCUUCUGCGCUCACAGUAGCCCCUCAGAGUUGCCUGGUAUAUCGGUACCAGGAACAGUUAAGUCGAAGUUACCGACCAACGACCUCAUCCACCCAGAACCGGUUCGAGCGAAGACAGCGCGGCGCUACACGGUGCGCUUCGAAGAAACUUCACUCGCCGUACCUAGUGCUAGUUCAGAUCCAAUACAGCAGUGGAGCGAGCGCUACGUUGACGAACAAAUACUACGCCCCAUCAAACCAUCCCACAGUUGCGAAGUAUUUACCCUCUAUACUCCAAAAAACCGUUUCAAUUGAAAAGAUACUUAAUUCCAUUAAUUUAGACAUUUAUUAAGAGAGUAAAAGGCAUGGGUAAUUGGGUAUUUGUAAAAUAUUGACAGACUGAAGAAUUCAGGUAUUGUAUCGCAAUAUUUUAUUAAUUUGUUAAUUUAUUUACGAGUGGAAGUCGAUCUUGACAUGGUAUACAUUGUAAUUAAAUUAAAAUAAAAGUUGUCCAUAUAAAUAGAGUA